CGGCGCCCCAGCCCCGCCCAGAGCGGGGUCCGCAGAUUCGCUACCAGACUCCUUAAAAGAUUAUUAUUUGGGCACUUUCCCUUGCCUGAGAAUUUCCGCGCAACUCUGAGAAGACUUUCCCCCUGUGGCCAUUUCGCCCUAAGUCGGAAGCGCGCUGCCACUUGAGUUGUGCCAGAAGGAGAGACCCAGGAACAGCGGUCGACACUGCCAGCAGGGCUUGGCUAAACGGGCGUCAUCUUCUCGACUCCACCGCAGGUGAGAGGAGCGGACGGCCGGAGCCCAGGACGGUGGCGAAUCUGCACUGCAGCCUCAGAGGCCUGGGAGCUGCGCGAGGAAGGGGCAGGGAAGAGGAGCGCAGGAGCGCGCAUCCUGUCCACUCUCUUGCCCCGCCCGCCUCGCGAAUCUGCGUCGCGCGACGCACCACUCCGACCUCCCGAGCUCCGGCUGGCCCCGCCCCCUCGCCCCGCCCCCUCGCCCCGCCCCCUCGCCCCUCGGGGGCUGGCCGCCGCUUUCGCCGCCGCCGAUUCGUCACGACCCCCAAAGCCGGGGCAGCUGGAUCAGGGUGGUGCCGUCCGCUCUCCGGGGGAUGCGGCCCGUCUUCAGGCUCCCCGGGCUACAACUCCCGAGCCUGACAGGGCGCCGGCCGAGGCCAAGCCGCCGCGCUGGGCCCCGUGGACCUCUCCGCCGGCCUGGUAGCGAAAGUGCGGAUGCGGACGCUGUGGCCGCUGGGCCUCGUGCAGUGUAAAUGAGCAAGGAUGGACCAGGAAGGUGGGGGAGAUGGGCAGAAAGCCCCGAGCUUCCAGUGGCGGAACUACAAGCUCAUAGUGGAUCCUGCUUUGGACCCUGCCCUGCGCAGGCCUUCUCAGAAGGUGUACCGCUAUGAUGGAGUCCACUUCAGUGUCAGCGACUCCAAGUAUACGCCAGUGGAAGACCUCCAAGACCCCCGCUGCCAUGUCAGGUCCAAAAACAGAGACUUUUCCCUCCCAGUUCCUAAGUUUAAACUGGAUGAAUUCUAUAUUGGACAGAUCCCACUAAAGGAAGUAACUUUUGCAAGGCUCAAUGACAAUGUGCGGGAAACCUUCCUGAAGGAUAUGUGCCGGAAAUAUGGUGAGGUGGAAGAAGUGGAGAUCCUUCUUCAUCCCCGCACUCGCAAGCACCUGGGCCUGGCCCGUGUGCUCUUCACCAGCACUCGGGGUGCCAAGGAAACAGUCAAAAACCUUCACCUUACCUCUGUCAUGGGCAAUAUCAUCCAUGCUCAGCUUGAUAUCAAAGGACAACAACGAAUGAAGUACUAUGAAUUGAUUGUCAAUGGCUCCUACACACCUCAGACUGUGCCCACUGGAGGCAAGGCCCUGAGUGAGAAGUUCCAGAGCUCUGGAGCAGCCACUGAGACGACUGAAGCCCGUCGUCGCUCUUCCUCUGACACAGCUGCCUACCCAGCAGGCACUGCUGUGGGGGGCACUCCUGGCAAUGGCACUCCCUGCUCCCAAGAUACCCCGUCUUCCUUUGGCCAGUUCACCCCUCAGUCCUCCCAAGGAACCCCCUACACACCUCGGGGUAGCACCCCCUACUCUCAGGACUCUGCCUACUCCAGCAGCAGCACUUCCACCUCCUUCAAACCCCGGCGGUCAGAGAACAGCUAUCAAGAUGCGUUUGCUCGCCGCCAUUUCUCUGCAUCUUCAGCCCCUGCAACCACUUCUGCUGCCACCUCAGCAACUGCUGCAGCCACUGCAGCCGCCUCUUCCACAUCUUCAUCCUCUUCGUCGUCAUCCUCCUCCUCCUCCUCCUCUUCUUCCUCAGCUUCUCAGUUUCGUGGUUCUGACUCUAGCUACCCAGCAUAUUAUGAAAGCUGGAAUCGCUACCAGCGUCAGUGUUCCUACCCACCUCGCCGGGCAACUCGAGAGGAUCCUCCUGGGGCCCCAUUUGCUGAAAAUACGGCUGAGCGCUUCCCACCUUCCUAUACCUCCUAUUUGGCCCCUGAGCCCAACCGAUCCACUGACCAAGACUACCGGCCCCCUGCCUCCGAGGCCCCACCUCCAGAGCCUCCAGAACCUGGUGGUGGUGGUAGUGGAGGAGGUAGUAGUGGUGGUGGUGGUGGUGGUGGUGGUGGGGCACCCAGCCCUGAGAGAGAAGAAGCCCGGACUUCCCCACGCCCACCUUCACCGGCCCGUUCUGGCUCCCCAGCCCCAGAGACCACCAAUGAGAGUGUCCCCUUUGCCCAGCACAGCAGCUUGGAUUCCCGCAUUGAAAUGCUGCUGAAGGAACAGCGCUCCAAAUUUUCUUUCCUGGCCUCUGAUACAGAGGAAGAAGAAGAAAACAACAGUGCAGGCCCUGGGGCUAAAGAUGCAGGGGGUGAGGUGCCUUCUGGGGCAGGUCAUGGGCCCUGCACACCCCCUCCUGCCCCAGCUAAUUUUGAAGAUGUAGCACCUACAGGGAGUGGAGAGCCAGGGGCUGCCCGGGAGUCACCAAAGGCCAAUGGACAGAAUCAGGCUUCUCCAUGUUCUUCCGGAGAAGAUAUGGAGAUCUCUGAUGAUGACAGGGGUGGUUCACCUCCUCCAGCCCCAACGCCCCCCCAGCAGCCGCCGCCGCCGCCACCGCCACCACCACCACCUCCCCCUCCUCCUCCCUACCUUUCUUCCCUUCCCCUGGGUUAUCCUCCCCAUCAACCUGCCUACCUCCUCCCACCCCACCCAGAUGGACCACCCCACCCUGAGUACCCUCCACCUCCUCCACCACCACCACCCCACAUCUAUGACUUUGUGAACUCCCUGGAACUUAUGGAUCGACUUGGGGCACAGUGGGGAGGGAUGCCCAUGUCCUUCCAGAUGCAGACCCAGAUGUUAACUCGGCUCCACCAGCUGCGGCAGGGCAAGGGAUUGACUGCUGCCUCAGCUGGUCCUCCUGGUGGGGCCUUUGGCGAGGCCUUCCUCCCUUUUCCACCCCCACAAGAGGCAGCCUAUGGCUUGCCCUAUGCUCUGUACACACAAGGGCAAGAAGGUCGUGGGGCAUACUCCCGGGAAGCCUACCAUCCGCCCUUGCCCAUGGCAGCCGAGCCCCUGCCUUCUUCAGUCUCGGGAGAAGAGGCCCGGCUGCCUCACAGGGAAGAAGCAGAGAUGGCAGAAAGCAAGGCCCUGCCGUCAGCAGGCACUGUGGGUCGUGUGCUGGCCACCCUUGUCCAAGAGAUGAAGAGCAUUAUGCAGCGAGACCUCAACCGCAAGAUGGUGGAGAAUGUGGCCUUUGGAGCCUUUGACCAGUGGUGGGAGAGUAAGGAAGAAAAGGCCAAGCCAUUCCAGAAUGCAGCCAAACAGCAAGCCAAGGAGGAGGAUAAAGAAAAGAUGAAGCUCAAAGAGCCAGGCAUGCUGUCCCUCGUAGACUGGGCCAAGAGUGGCGGUAUCGCAGGCAUUGAGGCCUUUGCCUUUGGGUCAGGGCUACGAGGGGCCCUGCGGUUGCCUUCAUUCAAGGUAAAGAGGAAAGAGCCAUCAGAAAUUUCAGAGGCCAGUGAGGAAAAGAGACCCAGGCCUUCUACUCCAGCCGAGGAAGAUGAAGAUGAUCCUGAGAGAGAGAAGGAAGCUGGGGAACCAGGACGUCCAGGAACCAAGCCUCCGAAGCGAGAUGAAGAACGAGGGAAGACCCAAGGCAAGCACCGGAAAUCUUUUGCUCUGGACAGUGAAGGGGAAGAGGCAUCCCAGGAGUCUUCCUCAGAAAAGGAUGAGGAUGAGGAUGAGGAAGAUGAGGAAGAUGAAGAGCGGGAGGAAGCUGUGGAUGCCACCAAGAAGGAGACAGAGGCGUCAGAUGGUGAGGACGAGGACAGCGACUCAUCCCCCCAGUGCUCUCCGUAUGCUGACUCAGAUGGAGAGGAUGGUAGCACGGCGGACUCUGAGAGUAGCAGCUCCUCCUCCUCCUCCUCCUCCUCCUCCUCCUCCUCUUCCUCCUCCUCCUCCUCCUCCUCAUCUUCCUCAUCAGAGUCCUCUUCUGAAGAAGAGGAGCAGUCAGCAGUCAUUCCCCCAGUGCCACCAACCUCCAGAGAGAUCCCAGAACCCCUUCCAGCACCUGACGAGAAGCCUGAGACAGACAGAGUUGUGCGCUCCCCUGCCAUGCCUCUCCCUGAAAAGGAGACAUCCCCAACACGGCCUACAGGUACUGCUGAGGAACCACCUCCUAAUAUACCACAGCCUCCUCCAGAGCCACCAGCUGGACCUCCAGACCCUGCCCCCCGCCUGGAUGAGCGCCCCUCUUCUCCUAUCCCUCUCUUACCCCCACCCAAGAAACGCCGGAAAACUGUCUCCUUCUCUGCCACAGAGGAGGCACCAGCCCCAGAGCCUCCCCCAGCUGCCCCACUGCAGGCCAAGUCUCCUGGCCCAGUCUCUCGAAAAGUCCCUCGGGUUGUGGAGCGGACCAUUCGUAACCUGCCCCUGGACCAUGCGUCUCUGGUUAAGAGUUGGCCUGAGGAGGUGGCCCGAGGAGGUCGGAAUCGGUCCGGAGGUCGUGUCCGCUCUACUGAAGAAGAAGAGACCACUGAGUCAGGGACAGAAGUGGACCUGGCAGUGCUGGCUGACUUAGCCCUGACCCCAGCCCGACGUGGGUUGGCUACCCUACCCACUGGUGACGACUCAGAGGCCACAGAGACCUCAGACGAGGCUGAGCGUCCAAGCCCUCUACUCAGCCACAUCCUCUUGGAACACAACUAUGCCCUGGCCGUCAAGCCCCCGCCUGCCACACCAGCACCUCGGCCCCUAGAGCCAGCUCCUGCCCCUGCUGCACUCUUCAGCUCCCCAGCUGAUGAAGUCUUGGAGGCCCCUGAGGUGGUGGUGGCUGAGGCAGAAGAGCCAAAGCAACAGCUGCAGCAGCAGCAGCAUCCGGAGCAGGAAGAGGAGGAGGAGGAGGAGGAGGAGGGAGAAGAGGAGUCCGAGUCUUCAGAAAGCAGCAGCAGCAGCAGCAGCAGUGAUGAGGAAGGGGCUAUCAGGAGACGUAGUCUCCGCUCCCACGCUCGACGAAGACGGCCACCACUCCCACCCCCACCCCCACCGCCUCCUUCCUUUGAGCCCAGGAGUGAAUUUGAGCAGAUGACCAUCCUAUAUGACAUUUGGAACUCAGGCCUGGACUUGGAAGACAUGAGCUACUUGCGGCUAACGUAUGAGCGACUGUUGCAGCAGACCAGUGGGGCUGACUGGCUUAAUGAUACCCACUGGGUCCAUCACACAAUCACCAACCUAAGCACUCCAAAGCGCAAGCGACGGCCCCAAGAUGGGCCCCGGGAGCAUCAGACAGGCUCUGCACGCAGCGAAGGUUACUACCCCAUUAGCAAGAAAGAAAAGGACAAGUACCUGGAUGUGUGCCCUGUCUCAGCCCGACAGCUGGAAGGCGUGGACACUCAGGGGACUAAUCGGGUGCUUUCUGAGCGACGGUCAGAGCAGCGGCGGUUACUGAGCGCCAUUGGCACCUCAGCCAUCAUGGAUAGUGAUCUGCUAAAGCUAAACCAGCUCAAGUUCCGGAAGAAGAAACUCCGAUUUGGGCGGAGCCGAAUCCAUGAAUGGGGUCUGUUUGCCAUGGAACCCAUCGCAGCUGAUGAGAUGGUGAUAGAGUAUGUUGGCCAGAACAUCCGCCAGAUGGUGGCCGACAUGCGGGAGAAGCGCUAUGUUCAGGAGGGUAUUGGCAGCAGCUACCUUUUCCGGGUGGAUCACGACACCAUCAUUGAUGCUACCAAGUGUGGCAACCUCGCCAGGUUCAUCAACCACUGCUGCACGCCCAACUGCUACGCUAAGGUGAUCACCAUCGAGUCUCAGAAGAAGAUUGUGAUCUACUCCAAGCAGCCCAUUGGCGUGGACGAGGAGAUCACCUACGACUACAAGUUCCCACUGGAGGACAACAAGAUCCCGUGUCUGUGCGGCACCGAAAGCUGCCGUGGCUCCCUCAACUGAGGUGGGGCAGGACUGGUGCCCUCCCUCACCCUAUUUAUUCCCCUCUGGUGCCCUAAGCUCCCAGCACCCCAGCCUUAGUGGGCUCAGCUCGGCCCACAUGCCCCCAUCUCCAUAUGUGGGAUAGGGGCCCUGAGCCCAGCAAGGGAGCCUCAGCCCUUCGAGGUAACUUCUGACUCCCCUGUGCCCCGUGCCCAACCACCCUCUUAUUUUUUUUUCUUUGCGGAGAAGAAGCUGUAAAUGUUUGUAGCUGCCAGCAGCUGUUUCCUGUGGAAACCUGGGUACCAGCCUGUAUAGAUGCUAUUCUUGGGGGCUGGAUAGCCCUCUGCUUCAUGUUAGUGGGGACCUCCCCUUCUGCCCUGUGUGCACCCCUCCCCAGUUUAGGGGUCUCUGGGGCAGUGGCCAUGUUCUCCCCCUGGGGGGGCCUUUGGCCCCUAGUCCUGGGAACUCUGUGCCUGGAACCCUGCCUCAUCUGUUCCUGCCAGACCCUGUGGGUCACCCUCCCACCCUGGUGUCCCAGGGCUCUGGCUCGUGGGCCAGGAUGGUGGGGGGCAGGCCCUUCUUGUUGGGCUGGAUUGUACAUAAUGUUAAUAGUGAAAACCCAACGCCACAUUUUUAUAAUUGUGAUUAAACUUUAUUGUACAAAAAUGCUUGGUCGAUAUC